GUUCUCUGACUGUGCUUCAGGCCAAGUGGCAGAAAAGCGAGCAGAGUUUGAAAAUUACCCAGCCCCACCCGCUCCACCCGCUCCACCCAGGACAGGAGCCAAACCUGACUACAGACAGGGAGCUGCUGCUGCCAUCAUGAACCACAAAUCUAUUUCUUACAGCUUCCCUGAGCCCGAUGACCACAGCUACGCAGAGCCGCCAUCAUCUGGACAGAGGAAGAGCUCUGCACUGGAGAAGCCUCCCCCCACCAGAAUCCAAGACGUCAACUCCCACGAGUCUUUCACCAGUUUCCCAAAUGACGUGUUUGCUCACCGCUCUGCUAACUUCGAACCUAACUCCGCUUUUCAUCCCAUCUACUCUGCAAAAGGAGAUCCUGAGCAGCGCAAAGGACAAGGGACAGUCAAUCAUCAAUCGCCUCCCAAUCCUCCGUCUCCCCCAGCUUUCCCCUACAGACCUGCCAGGCACUACAGCAUGGAGGGGCAGCGCUCUCCCUCUCCACACUUCUCUCCACAGAGACUCAGCAACAAGCCUCCUGUCUCUCUUCACAACGAGGAGUCAAACAGGAUGGAACAGAUUAUAGCAAACCAAAAUACUUCAGUAAGAAAAGUGCCCAUCAGGAUUGUGCAUUCAGAGGGAAGUGUAGAAAAGAAGAACUCUCCAUUUUUGCAGCAAAGUGACCUCCCACUUAUUGAGUCUAAGGGGCAUGAUGUGGCCAGGCUCAGCAGUCUUCGAGCUCUGGGUCAGGACUCGGUCUUCUCUGUCUUUACCAGUCAGAAGGAGCCUGACGAAACUGCAGGUUCUCACAUGCAGCAGAGAGACGUGUACAUGACCACAGUGGGGGAUUACUCCACCUCUAACAGCCAGCAGCUGCUGCUGACCACAGAUGAGCCCAGCAGAAAGCGAGAAACCACAGGUCUGGCUGAGCAGGAGGACCAGAAAAGGGAUGUGCUGGCCCGGGACAUCAUGUGGAAGGAUAAAUCACUGGUUGAUAUUCUGGAUCAGAGCAAGAUGAAGACAACAAUGGACUUGAUGGAGGGGAUUUUUCCUCAGGGGGAGCAGCUGUUGGAAGGAGGUCAUCAGCGCAAAAAGGUGCAGCCAAAACAGGCAGACUCCAGGCCUGCAGAGGACAGGGAAAAGGAGGACAGUAUGGCAGUAGCUGUCGCCAUGAUGACCAGUUCCACUUAUUACAGCACAUCAGCUCCCAAAGCUGAGCUUCUGAUCAAAAUGAAAGACAUGCAGGAUCAGAACGAGGAUGACUCUGAAGAUGAACUGGACAUGGAUUUGGCCAACAAAAAGCAAGAGCUGAUCGACAGUCUCAGUAAGAAGCUUCAGGUGUUGCGAGAAGCUAAGGAGAGUCUUCUGGAGGACAUCCUGGACAACAACACCCUGGGAAACGAGGUGGAGGUCCGUGUCCAGCAGAUCUGCAAACCAAAUGAGCUGGAGAAGUUCCGGAUGUUCGUGGGAGAUUUGGAUAAGGUGGUGAGCCUACUGCUGUCGCUCUCGGGUCGUCUGGCCAGAGUGGAGAAUGCUCUCGACAGUCUGGAGGAGGAUGCUACUUCUGAGGAGAGACGUACGUUGAUUGAGAAGAGGAAGCUGCUAAUCCGACAGCACGAAGAUGCAAAGGAGCUGAAGGAGAACCUGGACCGUCGCGAGCAGGUGGUUUAUGAUAUCUUAUCCAGCUACCUGCCAGAGGACAGCCUCGCAGACUAUGAACACUUUGUGAAGAUGAAGUCUGCGCUCAUCAUCGAGCAACGCAAACUGGAGGAUAAAAUCAAACUUGGUGAGGAGCAGCUGAAAUGUCUGACGGACAGCCUGCCCUUAGAGCAGAGGCUGGCUCUGUGAAGUGGAUGGACACUGCUUGGAUGCAACAACCCUGACUCAGGAGUCUGAUCGUGUGGUUCCGUUCAAAAUUAUGGCCAGCAGAGGGAGACAAAGAUCAGAAGCUAUAGAAAAUACUCUUCAUUGUUUUUUCUUUUGUGCUUCCUGUUUUCUGGACCAGUUGGGGAUGGAGGAAGAUGCUACUCCUUUUCCACCAUUUAAACUGGUACAAUUUUUCAGGAGCUCCAUUUUUGAAAGAUGCUGGGGUUUUUCUUGUAUCACCCAACAGCUGCAUCUAUACCAUUCUGAACGCCAUUUUUACUUUCUUGGCUUUUCUAGUAAUUUAUUAUAGACUUUUGAAUCUGCAAAACAACGGGACAGUAUUUUGUCAUCCGCUGAUCGGAGCAGCCACACUACUUAAUAUGUUAGUUGCUGUAUGAGUAUUUAUCAGGUUAUCCAAAUAUUUCAGUAAAGCGAACUUUGAUUCUGCAUCCAUUAACAUGUUAACUUGUGUUAUCUUCACGUUUUGUGGCGUUUCUAUGACAAACAUGAGAGGAGCAUGGACAAGUGAAGUUCAGUGUCCAGAUUAAUGCCACCUCUAGAUGUUUCUGUGCCAUUACGUGACAUCUCUGUUUAGUUGUACACGGUGAAAAUAUUGAAAUCACAGGUAAUCACUGUUGUUACUAAUGAUUUAAACAUUAAAUAUAGAUGAUCUUCUUGCAACAAAAAAAAUGAAACAAUCAUUUCAAAUCAGUUUGACUAAUUAAAAAUGGAAGCUUUCACACUUGAAGGAUUAAAUCAGACUAGCUGAAGGUGUUGGUUCCUCUCAGCUGGCAUGUCGUGUUACAGCCAGUUCACUUUCUUUAUCACUGACAACAAAUCACAUCUCAGGGCA